AUGGUCCUCCCCCAGAGGUUCGUGGAGUCUCCAAACCUUUUAGGGCAAGCUUUAGAACAGUUGCUAAUCCAAUUUAUUCUUGAAGAUGGGACAAAGCUUUUGCAGUAUGUAGAUGACUUGUUGAUAGCUAGACCGACUGAGGAAAGCGUGAGGAAAAGCACGAUUGCCUUGUUGAACUUUCUAAGAAAGAAAGACCGACUAAAAGAACCAUAUCACAAAUCCCACCUUGAGGAUCGUGACAUAAAUUGGCGUCACGGACAGGAUUCUGAGAGACAGAAGGGGUUGCAGGUUGUUGUGCAGUCUGUAUCAGGGGAAGGAUGUUUCGCUUCAGCCGCCCCUAGCCUGCCACGCUGUGAGGAGUGUGCCAAAAAUUCACAGUCUGCUGAUUCCUUUAAGGAGUCACUGGAAAAAGAAACCCCUCAGAUAAAUCACAUAUAUCCUCAAGCAGAAUUACAUUUGGUAAAAAAUUGUGGUGAAAACUGUUGCUCCCAAAUAAGACCUUUGAUUAAAACAGAAUAUAACUAUAUCAAUGAUGAAGAUCUUGAUCCACAUAUAACCACUAAAGAAAUCCCGUACACUGCUACUGAAUUGUCUAAGUUGAAAAAGGAGUAUGGGCGUCUCCCUCAUGAGUCAGAGACAGAAUACGUAUUCCGAGUGUCUCUUACAGGGGGAGAUCAAAUUCGAUUAACAGAACAAGAAGCAAGUGGUUACUGGGGACAUGGUGUUUUCUUAACAACAGGAGAUAACUGCAACCCAUGGUCCCUAACCCAGCGAGCUGCAUAUUGGGCAGGGGGACUUAACCCCCUGGAAAGGGGAGAUCCUGUAGCUCUGACCAGCUCCCCAGACCAAAUUAUAGAAAACAUUCAUAAGGCAGCUUGUCUACAACUGAUUCAUGAAAGAAAAUUAAUUGUUGGUUCUGAAUCACCAAUGUUGUUACCCGUGAAGGCUGAAAUUAUGACCCCUUUAAUUCGUGGUCUUCCAGAAUAGCUUAAACCCACCGCUAUCCUUCUCCAGAUAACGAUAGCUGCCAUAAGCCCAAUAGAAAGACUGGACAGGCUUCUGGAAAACCCAAAUAAUAAAAGUAGAUCUGUUGAUCCUGGGUUUUCUCUGUACACGAAUCCCACCUUGUGGAUUGUGACACCUGCGUGCCUCAGUUGGGUGAGAGGAUCCCCAGCUCUUUUUCCUGGGGGUACUGACAGACUCUAA